AUGGUAAGUUGGAAGAUAACCCACAGAAACCAAACUAACUGCCUGAAAGCCUACAGGAGAGAUAGAGAUGAGACAGUGGAUACCAACUGUACUGAUACAGGAGUAACCUGGGCCUCCAGACCUGACCAGAAUCCUGCCCUUCUCAUUGACCCAGUGACCUUCAUGCAUGAGGGGAUUUACAGCUGUGAAAUGGUCACAACUAAAGCGAAUUUCCAACAUGACUAUCACCUUCAUGUGCCUGUGCCCCUUGAGGUGAGCAUAUUUCAAAAUGAUACUAGAACUGUGGUAUGCAAGGCAGUUUCAGGGAAGCCAGCUGCAUGGAUCACUUGGACCCCAGAGGGGAAGUGUGUCACUGAGCAGGAAAAUCAGAAGAAUGGUGGCGUGUUUGUCCAGAGUACAUGCUACUGGGAGAAGGACAAUGUGUCUACUGUGACCUGUUCUGUCUUCCACUGGACUGGAAUCAAGAGUCUGUCCUUAGAACUAAACCCAGGUUCAACUAUUAGUUCAUUUGUGGGUGGAAAUCAGACGGUGCAGGGCAACUCAACACCUUCCGUAUAUGCUUUAACAGCUAAUUCAUUUGUGGAUGGAAAGUCAAUGAUAAGGAACAAUUCAAGACCUCCCACAUCAGGUACACAGGUACAAAGAGGUAUGGAGGGCAGUAGUAUGUAUUCUCCAGAUAAAGCAAUUCCAGUUCAUCUGAGGACAGUUCAACAGAGAAGGCAGUUGAGAGCUUAUAGCAUUCAGCACUAUCACCAGUUGGGAAAUGAGUACAUCUGCUUGCCUGCUUGGUGA